GUUCUUUAAAACUAAGAGGAACAUCUGUCUAAAAGGGACAGCUUAAUCUGACAUCUGCUCUGAGAAUGCAAGAUGCUUGCUGAAGGGUCUGCAUGGUUUUGGUUUGUUCCCUCCUGGUUCUGCUUCUGACUUUUUGGAUUUUGCCAUCAUGCUUAAUCUUAAUUUUGACACUGCAACUUCCUUCCGUGCCUGGGGCUUCUUCACCCUAGAACAUGAUUCCACUAUACCAGCCUCCUUCUUCACUUGCAAGCUAAAAAAGCUGAGUGAAGACAGUUUAACUAAGCAGCCUGAAGAAGUCUUUGAUGUCUUAGAGAAGCUUGGUGAGGGAUCUUAUGGAAGUGUAUUUAAAGCAAUACAUAAGGAAUCUGGUCAAGUGGUGGCAAUUAAACAAGUUCCUGUUGAAUCAGAUCUUCAGGAAAUCAUCAAAGAAAUUUCUAUAAUGCAGCAAUGUGACAGCCCCUAUGUUGUAAAGUACUAUGGCAGUUACUUUAAGAACACUGACCUUUGGAUUGUUAUGGAAUACUGUGGAGCUGGCUCUGUUUCAGACAUAAUUCGGUUACGGAAUAAGACAUUAACUGAAGAUGAAAUUGCAACUAUUCUUAAAUCCACUUUGAAAGGACUUGAAUAUUUGCACUUCAUGAGAAAAAUACAUCGAGAUAUAAAGGCGGGAAACAUUCUCCUCAACACAGAAGGGCAUGCAAAAUUAGCCGAUUUUGGAGUGGCUGGGCAAUUAACAGAUACAAUGGCAAAACGUAAUACUGUUAUUGGAACUCCAUUUUGGAUGGCUCCUGAAGUAAUACAAGAAAUUGGUUAUAACUGUGUGGCAGAUAUCUGGUCCCUUGGUAUCACAUCUAUAGAAAUGGCUGAAGGAAAACCACCUUAUGCUGACAUACAUCCAAUGAGGGCUAUUUUUAUGAUUCCCACAAAUCCACCACCAACAUUCCGGAAACCAGAACUUUGGUCUGAUGAGUUCACAGAUUUUGUCAAGAAGUGCUUAGUGAAGAGUCCUGAGCAGAGAGCCACAGCAACACAACUUUUGCAGCAUCCUUUUAUCAAGAAUGCCAAACCAGUAUCAAUUUUAAGAGACCUGAUCACAGAAGCUAUGGAAAUAAAGGCCAAAAGACAUGAAGAACAGCAACGAGAACUGGAAGAGGAAGAAGAAAAUUCGGAUGAAGAUGAGUUGGAUUCCCAUACCAUGGUGAAGACUGGUUUGGAAAGUGUGGGCACCAUGAGGGCUAUCAACACAAUGAGUGAAGGUGCUCAGACCAUGAUUGAACACAAUACCACCAUAUUAGAAUCUGACUUGGGAACCAUGGUCAUAAACAGCGAAGAUGAAGAAGAAGUAGAUGGAACUAUGAAAAGAAAUGCAACUUCGUCACAAGUGCAAAGACCAUCUUUUAUGGAUUAUUUUGAUAAACAAGAUUUCAAAAAUAAGAGUCAUGAAAACUGUAAUCAGAACAUACAUGAGCCAUUCCCAAUGUCAAAAAAUGUUUUUCCCGACAACUGGAAAGUUCCUCAAGAUGGAGACUUCGAUUUCUUGAAAAACCUGAGUUUAGAAGAAUUACAAAUGCGGUUAAAGGCACUGGACCCAAUGAUGGAAAGAGAAAUUGAAGAGCUUCGUCAAAGUUAUAAUGCAAAAAGACAACCAAUUCUGGAUGCAAUGGAUGCAAAAAAACGAAGACAGCAAAACUUUUGAGCUUAAUAUCUUCUCAGACAGUAUGUGUAGUUAGUCUAGAUGCCAGUAAACCAUGAAUAGUUGAAGGAAUCAUAGUGUUAUGAUUAUUUCUGUUAUUUUUAAUCCAUGAGAUUUGUGCUUCACAACCCAACAGUGUUGAAAUUCUGAAGUUAAAAUAGAGGGCUUAAAUUUACCAGUGCAAGCACAGUAAUUUUAUUUUU